UAGCAGGGAGAGGGGCCCUGCUGAUGUGCAUCAAUCAGGAAAGUACCAGACACAGAUUGAGAGAUUAUUUCUUCUUUAACCAACAUGCAUGUCUUGGUGCACAAGUUUGUUUCUAUGUUCUGACACUGCAAAUAACUGGUGAAGGCACCUCAUGAGCACCUGGAGGUAUAGGCUGAACUUACAGAUGUCUCCCCAGAAUCUCUCACUUUCAGACUUGCUGCACAUAGCAAUUUUGGCUUCCAUACUUUCUCUUAUCAUUUACUGGAUCAUCAGAGACAAAUACAGAGUGAGGAACCUGAAUGGAAAGCAUGUCUUCAUAACAGGCUGUGACACUGGACUUGGAAACUCACUGGCUAAAUGGCUUGACAAAAGGGGAUUUUGUGUCAUUGCUGCAUGUGCUACAGAAAAAGGAAGCCAAGAGCUACUGUCCUGCUCUUCACUCUCACUGAAGACAGUGAAUCUGAACUUAGCAGACUCCAACAGCAUUGCAAGGGCUGUGGCGUUUGUGAAUGAACAGACAGCUGGCAAGGGGCUUUUUGGCUUGGUGAGCUAUGCUGAAGGAACAGCACCUGCUGGACCCACCGACUGGCUGAGGAUUGAAGAUUUCCAUUCAGUCCUGGAUGUUAGUCUGCUGGGAUUGAUUGAAAUCACACUCAAGCUUCUGCCACAUCUGAAAAAAGCUGAGGGAAGAGUUGUCAAUCUCAUUAAUGCCAAAGGCUUCAUGGCUUUUGUAGGGGGUGGCUACAGUCUGUCCAGAUGGGGCAUGGAAGCUUUCUCUGACACCUUACGGAUAGAAAUGCAGCAUUUUGGAGUGAAAGUAAGCAUUGUUGAGCAUGGUUUCUUUAAGGCAGAAGAAGUUAAUUCAGAUAUUAUUGAGAAAUACCUCUUCAAACUUUGGAACCGACUGACUCCUGAGAUCAGGGACUCCUACGGAGAAAAAUACUUAGUUGAAUUUGUUAUAAAAAUGCUACUGCAGAUGUAUGACACCUUCUGAAGUGUUUCCAACAGAUUUCAAAGAAUAUAAUUGUUUCAUGAGACUAAACCAGCACAGCCUGAACCAGGACUACCCUAACAACAUACAGACUUACUUGCAUUUGGGAAGACUGCUUUCAUCUAUAUAGCAUGUUCCACCGUUCAUGCACCUGCAAGCUGGUGGCAUUGUGGGAGGGGAUUCAAUAGCUGUAAAAUUCAGAAGCCAUGUAUGCAUUAUCAAGAAAUACUCAACAAACUAAAUAAUACCAAUAAAGCAUUUUCUUUGUCUCUAUA